AUGGUUUAUAACUAUAACUCUUUGUAUCCAAUAAUUACUCGAUGCUUAAAACAAAAAAAUAAACAGUUAAAAUUAAAAAGAAAUUAUUCAACAAUUAUAAAAACAUUGGAUAUUAACAAUAAUGAAUUUAAAGAAUUAUUAGAAGAACAACAGAAACAACAACAAAAUCUACAAAAAGAAAAUAAUAUUUUAAAUAAAUUUUAUAAAAACAGUAUCAUUAAUAAUAUUAAUCAAUUAAAUUUCAAUAAUAAUAGUAAAAGAUAUUAUUCAUCAACAAAAAAUAAUUUAAAAGAAAUAAGCGAUUAUGAAUCAGUUGGGUUUAGUUUAUUACCAAUCAUUAAUAAAUUACAAGAGAAUGCAGCUUUAAUUGGAUCAGAGAUUACUUUACCUCAAAUUAUUGUUGUAGGAUCUCAAUCAUCUGGUAAAUCAUCAGUAUUAGAGUCAUUAGUAGGUAGAGAUUUUUUACCAAGAGGUUCAGGUUUGGUAACUCGAAGACCAUUGGUAUUGCAAUUAUACCAAAAUGAAGAUUCAAACGAAGAGUGGGGCGAGUUUGGUCAUACAGGUGAUAGAAAAUUUAGUUAUUUUGAAAUUAAGGAAGAAAUCGAAAAAGAAACUGAAAGAAUUGCAGGUGCCAAAAAAGAUAUUUCACCAGAGCCAAUUAUCCUCAAAAUUCAUUCACCAAAUGUUAUUCCAUUAACAUUGGUCGAUUUACCAGGUUUAACCAGAGUUGCUGUUGAUGAUCAACCAAUUGAUAUAGAAGAAAAAGUACGUUCCAUGAUUUUAUCAUACAUCAAUAAUCCAAAUUCAAUCAUUUUAGCAAUUACUCCAGCCAACCAAGAUAUUGUAACCUCUGAUGCCCUAAAAUUAGCCCAGCAAGUUGAUCCAUUGGGUAAAAGAACCGUUGGUGUUUUAACAAAACUUGAUUUAAUGGAUAAAGGUACCGAUGCUUUAGAUAUUCUUUUAGGUAAUGAAAUUCCUUUAAGUAUGGGUUUUGUUGGUGUAGUUAAUCGUUCACAACAAGAUAUAAACUAUGGUAAACCAAUCAGCGACAGUUUAAAAGAUGAGGUAAAAUGGUUCCAAAAUCACCCAGUUUAUUCUAGAGUAUUUAAUCAAUCUGGUUCAAAGUAUUUGGCUCAAAAAUGUAAUAAGAUUUUAACAAAACAUAUUAGAGAUACUUUCCCAACUGUAAAGAAUCAAAUUAAAAUUCUCAUUAAGAAAUAUGAAGAGGAAUUAGAAAAAUAUGGUGACCCAGUACCAAAUCGUUCCGGUGAAAAAGCAAGAUUGUUAAUAGAUAUCUUAACAAAAUACUCAAAUCAAUAUCGAUCUGAUUUAGAAGGUACAAAUGAAGAUUUGGUUUUAACAAAUUUCAAUGGUGGUGCUAGAAUUAGAUAUAUUUUUUCAAAAGCAUUCGAAAACCAAAAAGAAAAACCAUUUGAUUGGUUAAGUGAUCAACAAUUAAAAGUUGCUUUAAGAAAUGCAUCUGGUUUGAAAUCUACAAUGUUUAUUCCACAAAAGAUAUUCGACUCAUUAAUAAAGAAACAAAUUGAAAAAGUUAAAGAACCAAUGCUUCAAUGUUCAGAAUUAGUAUUGGAGGAGUUGUUAAGAAUAUUGGGUCAAGUAGAUUCAACUUUGCUUUCAAGAUUCCCAGUAUUACGUGAACGUAUUGUAGAAGUUUCAAACAAUUCUCUUAGAAAACUUUUAAAACCAUGUAAUCAAAUGAUUUCUGAUUUGGUUGAUGCCGAGGCUUCUUUUAUUAAUACUACUCAUCCAAAUUACAUUUCACAAUUAAAUGAUCCUUAUAUUAUUGAUAGAUCUUAUCCAAUUGAUAGUCAAAUUAAACAACAACAACAGCAACAACAAUACCAACAACAAAAAUAUCAACAACAGCAACAGGUACAACAAGAAUCUAGUGGAUUUUUAUCAAGGAUUUUUGGUUCUCAAAGUUCACAACCACAACCACAACCACAGCCUCAACAAACCCACUCAUACCAACAGCAACCACAAACUAAUUAUAACAAUAAACCAAAAUCAAUAAAUAUCAUUUCAGAAAAACCAUCAAAUUUAGAACAAUAUGGAUUAAAUGAUAUUACAGAGGAAGAAAGACGUCAAAUUAAUUUACUUAGAAGAUUGUUAACUGUAUACUUUAAGGAUGUAGCACAAUUUAAUAUACAACAAAACACCAUGAAAGCAAUUUCUUUACUCUUAAUUGACAAAUCAAAAGAUACUAUUCACAAGGAAUUAAUAAAUUCUUUGUAUGAUACCUCUUUGGUAGAGCAACUCUUAAGAGAGAACGAAUUGGUAAUUGCAAAACGUGCCGAAUGUAUUUAUAAAUUAGAAUUAUUAAAGAAAGCAAAGAAGUCAUUAAAUGUUGACGAUUUACCACUUCAAUUUUAUUAAACUAAAAUAAAGAUUGCUUGAAUUUAUAAU